AGCGAUUAGUGAUGCAUGUUUGAUGUUGUCGGACGCAAACAAGGCACCAUACGAGGCUGGCAGAAAGGGUUACGACAUAGGCAAAUAGUUCGUUUAACUUUCGGGGAUUGAACGAAUUGUCAGUACAAGAGUGGACUUACGUAUUGCCAACGUGCUUAGGUGGAGUUAUGGAUACAGACGAAGCUGUGGUCGUUGUAACAGGGUUCGGACCUUUCAGACAGUUCUUAGAAAAUCCAAGUUGGAAAGCUGCACAGGGCUUAAAGCUGGUUGGAUUGGGAGAGGGUGUAAAGGUCGCCAUCAGGGAGUUACCAGUGGCCUACAACAGAGCGCAUCAGGUCAUAGUUGACUUAUGGAAAACCCUAAAUCCAAAGUUUGCCAUACAUCUUGGGAUUGCCACUGGAUCUAGAGGCAUUUUACUGGAGCAGACUGGGAAGAACCAUGGUUACAGUGAUAGAGAUGUGUGUGGCUCCUGUCCUGUGAAUCAGAAUUGCAUUGAUGGAGGACCAGCUAAACUGGACUCCAUUGUUGACAUGAGGGCCCUCUCAAAACAACUGAAAAAAGCGGGGAAGGAUAUAAUUUACUCAAGAGAUGCUGGGAGGUACCUGUGUGAUUAUGUGUACUACUGCUCUUUGUUCCAUGGUCGGGGAAGGGCAGCCUUCAUCCAUGUGCCUGCCUCUGGCAGCCUGAGCUCUCCUGACAGACUGGUGCCUCUGCUGCAGAUCGUUAUCCAGACCCUGCUGCUGCAAAAGGUGGACAGCUGCUCUCCUUCAUACUCGUUUCUCUCGACCUCUUCCAGCCCUUCUUCCACCAUUACUUGCUCAUCCAGCUCCUCCUCCUCCUCCUCCUGUCAGAUCAAUGAACACACUGGUACAGAGCUGCAGUAACUCGCAGUGAAUUAAAGAGUCCCUAAGGCA